UUUCAAUGUAAUAUAUUAUAACAGUAAUUUUUAAACGCACACCGACAAAAAUUUUACGACAUGAGUUGCUUGUUUUAUCCCGAACUAUAGAAAUGUAUAUGAAUAAAUUGAAAGCACCUUCUUUUGAAAUUGGUUCAAAUGUUAAAUACGAGAAAUUAAUAUCAAACAACAUUAAACACAUUAAAGCCGAUAUUUUAUACAUACAACAUAAUGUUGGAGAUUUGAGUAACAAAUUUUACUCGAACAAGUUACUCGAGACUUUGAGGAAUAAAUUGGAAAAUGUAAACUCAUUGAUUAGUGUAACGAAAGGCUACCUUAUGGAAUGGGAACUCCAAAUACAACAAUCUCCAAAUUUACAAUACAAUGAAAACAACUAUCAUAAACUCUAUAACCAGUUUCAACGUGAAAUUACCCAUAUCAACAGCUUAUCAGAUAUGAUUAAUAGUGGCAGUAGUGAAAGUGUUGAUGGCAGCACUGCUAUAGAUUCCAGUAGUAGCAGAAUGUACACAAAUGACGUGUAUGACGAGUUUAUCUAUGAUAAUAACAACACUUCUAAUGACUUGUUACUGAAUGAAGAGUUGAUACCACUAUUUAAUUUAAAUGAUAAAGAAUUGCUUCUUUCCGACUCCAUUGUCAAUAUACGGAAUAAUAAUAUAAAACAAAUUAAAAACCAAAUCUUACAAACGUACGACAUAUUUAAUGAUAUAUCGAGUAUAAUAAGUGUGCAAGAGGAAGGGUUAAAUAAGGUUGAGGAUAAUGUUGCCAAGAGUAAAAACAAUUCUAUAAACAUUUUAAGUGAAAUUAAACAAAGUAAUAAAAAGAAUAAUAAAAGGAGGUAUGUAUUAUGGCUUAUUGUACUGUCGAGUUUGGUGUCGUAUUGUGUUUACUUCGUUUACACUUACCUGAUGCCACUAAUGUUAUAA